GUCAUGUGCACUCACUCCACACUGAGGUGUUAUCCCUCCAUAAACCGCAGCUGCGUUUCUGCUGAAUGGGACAUUAAACAGUGAUCUGCUGCUUUAUAAAUGCUGUUUGCACGAACUCGUUUUGAAACAGACAGGUGCAUUUGAAAGUUAGACAAGGAGCGCUUAGGGAACAGUCUAAAUUAAGGCUUCAAUUACGCUACAGGACCCUGGAGAAAUGUGUCGUAGACAGAAGGAAUUAACGAGGCGAAACGAUUAAAACAUUGAGGUCUUGUCUCAUGACAGUACGUCCUUUUACAAGCACUGCGUUACAAGACGUUAAGUUGUGGAUCCAGUGAGGAGGCGCGAAUCGAGACGGACGGAGACUUUGAGUGCAAUGGCAUCUCAGGUUUACAGAUACUGUACGGGAAGGAAAGCGGGCUUUUGGAAGUGUGAUGCCUAAAUGCGCCACGCAUCCUGAGCAUGAAAAUUGAGCCCAACAUCCCAACGUGAAAAUAUUUGGUUAUGAGAACUGGCACUACCAAAGACCCUUGGCAUGGGCCGGUUACCGGUUUCAAGAUAUACCGAGGUUUUAAACAGUCAAGGUUUUAAAACCACUAAAAUGUUCUGUGAUAUCGUCUCCAAGGAAGGAGGUAAGAUGUUCCUGUGUGGCCAUUGGGGUGCAUGGACAAUCCUGCUUUUAUGGUGCUUAAGUCUUUCAUCUGCUGACCUCACCUGCCCACAGAAAUGCAGCUGUUACCCUGACACAUCAGAGGUCAAUUGCUCCUCAAAACACCUGACAGGUGUGCCUGAGGGCCUGCCUAAUAAUGCCAAACGUCUAGACCUUUCUGGAAAUCAAAUGAAGACAAUAGGCAGACGGCAGUUCUCUGGCUUGUCAAACCUGGUGGACCUGGACCUGAGUGAGAACAUGAUCUCAAUGAUCGAGGUAGACGCAUUUCAGGGACUAAAGAACCUACAAUACUUGAGGAUUAAAAACAACCGUCUCAAGAUCAUACCUGUUGGGGUCUUCUCUGGCCUAGCCAACCUUCGCCGUCUGGAUCUCAGCGAAAAUGAAAUUCUAGUUUUUUUGGAUUACACAUUCAAGGACACGAUUAACUUACAACAGCUUGAUGCUGGAGAGAACGACCUGGUGUUCAUCUCGCAACGGGCGUUUGUCGGGCUGCAGGCGCUAAAGGAGUUCAACGUGGACCGUAGCAAUCUAACCUCUAUCCCCACGGAGGCCCUGUCGCAGCUGCAGAGCCUGACCAAGCUGCGUCUGCGCAAACUGACCAUCAGCGUGCUCCCCAAUAAUGCCUUUCGUGGGCUCAACAAGUUACGCACUCUGCAGAUCCUCCAAUGGCCUUCUCUCGAGACGCUAAAUAGUAACAGCCUGGUGGGUCUUAACCUUACCACUUUAGUUUUAACCAACUGUAAUAUUAGCGAUGUUCCCUAUACUUCACUACGUCAUUUGGUCUAUUUGCAAUACCUGGACCUGUCCUACAACCCCAUCACUUCCAUCCAGGGCAACCUGCUGGGGGAGCUUCUCCGACUGCAAGAGUUGCACCUGGUGGGUGGGAACCUGCUAAGUAUCGAACCGGGAGCCUUCAAGGGUCUGGUCCACUUUCGCCUCCUCAAUGUGUCGACUAACCGUCUGUCUACACUGGAGGAAAGUGUCUUCCACUCGGUUGGCAACUUGCAAACACUGCGGCUUGACAAAAAUCCCUUGGCGUGUGACUGCAGACUGCUUUGGGUGGUGCGCCGUCGCCGGCGGCUAGAUUUUGAUGGCCGCCAACCUACCUGUUCCUCCCCGAAUCAGGUGCGCAGGAAGGCAUUUCGAGACUUUUCAGAAGCAGAGCUCCCGGUUAUAUUUGUGUGCAGACAGGCACAGAUUCUGAACCGACAGCUGCAAGACACAAACGUUGUGGAGGGCACGAGCGUACGAUUUGACUGCAAAGCAGAUGGCUAUCCAUCACCUUCCAUUACGUGGCUGUCAGCACAACAGACUGCGCUUAGCUCUGUCGGGAGAGUACGAGUGCUCAAUAAUGGGAGUCUGGAGGUGCGUUACACCCAAGUGCAAGACAGUGGAACUUAUCUGUGUACUGCAGCUAAUGCAGCCGGUAAUGAUAGCAUCGCAGUGAGCCUUCAAGUUGAAGGUCUCCCGCAGAACCACACGGCAUCGUAUUUCUCAGAUGAGGGAUGGAUGGAAACUUCAUUGCCGACCUCAACCAACUCCUCCGCACAAGUGUCGAGCCCUUAUCCCUUUGACGCUAAAACCCUUAUCAUCGCGACCACCAUGGGAUUUCUUUCCUUUCUCAGCUCUGUGGCAAUCUGUUUCGUGUUUAUGUUCUUCUGGAGUCAGAGCAGGGGUCAGAUCAAACACACUGCUACUAUAGACUUUGUGCCACGAUCGUCCGUGGGUGGAGGUGGGAUUGGUGGGGACACGGGAAGAUUCACAAUGAAGCUUAUUUGAGCUACAAACAAUUAAAGAAUCAAUACUGAAGGCUCGAACACUGCAAGUUACUCAAAGCGGAGAAACUGCUCCUUUACUAUAUUAUUCGCAGCUUACGAGCAAAGUGCAAUGCCUUAUAAUGUAUUCUACAAGCCUGAUCGACUUUUACAAGUAAUUUUCUUUACAAUAAUCCCAUUUAACCUAGUUAAAUAGCCACUAGAACAAAACAAGUAUGUAUUCAGUAAUGUCACAGCCCACAGUCUGAUACACAACAGAAGGGCUACAAUAAAAAUAUUAACAAAUAAACUAAUUUUUAUUGCUUUUAAGUAUGCAAGCUUGGUUACACUGAUCCAUAUGAAUAUUUUACAUCUUACUAGUCACUUUCAAGACAGCAUUAAU